CGUGUAAACACCGCGGAUGUAUUUACGGAGUAAUGAAUGUUGCGUCCGUGAGAAAUGACCCGAGGUUGCAGGAUGAUUAUUAUGGUCAAAAGUGGGAGCAGGUGUGUUAGACGCGAAAACAACCUGCUGUCCUUCGCACGUAGGCACAGGUAACGCGGAGACACUCGCACGCACGUCACAGAGGGCGCUGCUGGUGCUCCGGGCAUGUUUGUCACGGGCGCACGUGAGUUGUGACGUCACACUGGUGCGCAAAGCUCCCGUCUCAUCUCGUGUGCGGGGUUGUGACAUCACAUGUUGUGGGGCUCCUGUCUCAUCUCCGGUGUGCGUGUGACGUCACAGCGGUGGGUGAGGCUGGAGGGCGCCACACGUGCACGUGCGCGUUACGUUUGAACUCGCUGAUCCUGUCUCGUGUCUGGGCUUCUAGCGACGUAAUCGUUACGCCGGCAGGGACAGCAACUCCGCAGUACAGACACGGAGGAAAUGUCAAGAUCAGGCUGAUGGAUCUGUGUGAUAGCUCGGGAGGGAACAGGCGACACGGCACUUUGAUCUUUGCACCUGGGAGGUACGACAGCGAUGCUGCGCUCCGCAACACCUGGAGAGUGUGGGGAGCUAUUCCCAACUGACAACUGUUCGAACCUCACCUCACUAAUGGAUGGGAUGUUAACGAAUGACGACAAAAUGAUAACAACGAGAAAAACAACGAUCGCUAUUCUCCGAGUAGUCCAAGCCUUUGUUGGAGGUGAGAAAGUUCCUAGCGCCUGACCUCACACAGGUGAGAAGGGGACUUUGAGGCGCGUGACAGCGAUUGAAAAAUCCCUGGUUACUCCUACAAGACAGGGUGGACAAUACAGGGUGGACUAAACAGGGUGGACAAUGUCGUCUGCGUCCCGUCGUGGCAGUCUGACCCAGGACAUGGUCGCUUCUCUCGCCAGCCUGGGGGCGCUGGCCGCUCGCCGGAACAGCACCAAGCGAACAGCCUCCAGCUCUUCCGCCUUCCUCACUCCCUCCGGCGACCGCAUCUCGCACCUCAAAAGACACAGUCUUGCCAGUGUCGAGCUCGCCAGCUGGAAGUCGAGGGGGACCAGUCGGAGGGGUUCGUUUCUCCCGUUUUCUUUUGCGUCGUUUCUGUCGCCUGUUGACGCCGCCAAGAAAGCAGAAGUCUUAGAAACAGUGCAAUCAGCUAUCGUCAAGCUAUUCCAAAGAAAAAGGCUUGAAGAAAAUGAGUUGGGGACAUUGCAAGAGCAUGUCAGGACUCUCGGUGACCAAGAAGCGGGUUCACUCAUCUGUGACUACUACAAGGACCAACUUUUAAAGAAAGGAAUGGUGAUUUUAAGAGAGAAGAUAAAGAACGAGCAAGGCACAGAACUUCUGCAAAUGCUGGGAGAAACGUGGGACUACUUUUUCACGGAGAUUCUUCCCACUUUGCAAGCACUGCUCUACCCUCUAUGUCUGAAAGGCUUCGACAUCCGCAACACCACAUUGGUAGAGUUCCGCAAUAUCGUUGUUCUCAAAGUCAGCCUGAAAGAAGCCCUGGAUGCCAAGGAGUGUGAAGUUCCCCCCAACAUCCGCCAGAUGCUGCUGGUGCUACAAGGCCUAAAGGACGACGUGUUUUUGUCCGAGAACCAGUUUCGGUGCGAGAAGCUGGUGGCACGAGUCGUGUCCCCCUACCUGGGCCAGCGGGGCUUGUAUGAGGGGGGACCUGAGCCAGUCAUCAGAGCCACCUUCCGGCCCCCACUUCCACAGCUCGUCAAACCUCCUAAAAUAUUAGACUCGGAAGACGUUACCCACGACGUGCCGGACAGGGUGCGCACCUUGAAGGUGGACCAGCGUCGUCAGCCCCUCCCGUCUCCCCCCGCCCUGCGCAAGCUGCACGAGACGAACCACGGCCUGCAGAAGCUCAAACCUGUCCUGGAGCACGUGUACGACAUGGGCCGACGUCACAGCUUCAUCUCGUGACUGCAGGGGAAGUCAUUCCUGGACUGACCUAAUGCCGGGUGGAGGUCGCGAGGAUGAACACGAUGAUCCCCUGGUACAGUUGCCUACCAGGGGAGAGAAAACACAUCUGCUGGCUUUCUUCCCGAUGAACUUAUCUUUAUCAAAGUCUUCUAUCUGUCCAUGCUGAAGCGUUCAGGCUGUGGAAAUGGGGUGAAUGCCCUCCCUAGAGAUGGAGCAGUACACUGGAAGCUUAUGAAGCUUUUUCGUCUAUGAAGACUACGACGAGGAUUGCAGGCGUGUAUAAAAACUAGAGGUAUUUUUCCUCUGCAUCUUUCAGGAAUGAUGGACUGCUUUUAUUUCUCGGUAGAGAGGUUGAGGCCAAAGCUAUGAGCUUGGUUAGCUUUUUUUGCUAGGGCUCACCCACUUUACCACAGUGACAAGGGAAUGGAGGACGAAGUGGGGUGGAAGCCGGAGAAAUCAAGAGAAAAGAAUUACCGACAGUAAUUACUGUGAAAGGUGUUACACUCACUUUCGGAAAGUAAAGUAUACACCAAGACGACAUUUAAACUUGGUUUUUAUUAAACUUACUACAAUGUGUAGUGACUAACAUUCGUUUUACCACUGUGGUACCAGACCGCUCCCUCGCCAGUCUGCUGAGCUUGGACAAGUUUGAACCGUAAACGAGAUGAGGGAGGCCGCAUUCCGAUGACAAGACCAGAGUUAGAGGAACUUUAAUAAGUUAUCGCUCAGGAUCUGACAUUGAUCGUUAGCAAAGUGGCACAGUGGGACAAGCUGUUUUUCUUAGCUUUACCACACAAUGAAAACACAUGCUGAGAAUUAUGUUCCAAGCUGUCAUGGUAACGAUGUAUACUGUUAACAACAAUAAUAUUUUUUAUACUGCGCAUGUUUCUAGCAGGAAGAUACUCACCGCCACCCCUCCCACUCUAAUACAUGCAAAGACACAAAAAGGAGUCAAUCUUUUAAAUAUUUUUGGAAAACAUGUCAUUCGAGUUAUGUUUGAAAGUUCCAUAUGUCUGUGUAAGCUACAAGUGCACUGGUAGGAAGUUCCAAACUGCGGGUCCAAAUCCUUCAAAAGAGGGCUUACCAAUCCCGAAAGGGACAACUUUAGAAUUUUUAACAGAAAGGCGUCCUAAGAUUUCAUCAUCCGAAUGGUGAAUAAAUGUAAGAAGUCAGAAAACUACCAAAAUAAAAGGACACUUUGUACUCUACCCAUGUCAUAACCGGAAGCCAGUGAUGUGUCCUGAACAGCUAAGUGUAGGAGGCAUGGCGUGGUUGAUGCAGGACAGUGCAUGAGUCGGGGAUGUCCAUUCGCUGGCUACCCAAGUCUGCAACAUAUUGAACGGAAACUGAUUUCCUCACCACGUCUGUCGUUUGUCAUACAUUUUUAGAGUGUGGACAAUUACCAUCGAACUCGUCAUUUUACUGGUCCAUCACAGUUUUGAUGAACGUGAACAAGAGCGCCAUCAUCAGUGAGAUGCUGUCUACUUCCAAAAGUAUUAAAUAAUCGUUCAAAGCAGCAUUUUAAAUGUUUCUGUGCUGUACAUAUGUCCAAACCAGGAUACGUCUAGUCAAAGCGAUAUUGACAAGAACAUUGUUACAGAGAAAGUUGCUGCAAACUAUGUACUUUAUGACUGUUUUAUAUUAUAUCUAAUUUUAUCACGAAUAAUGACAAUAACAGCAAUAGAGGAAUCAAAAUGCUUUUACAUGACUUGCAAGGCAUUUUUCUCAUGCUUGAAUAUCAUAGUGUCUCAUUCUUUAUCCAGCCAGCCGUCUACUCUCCUACCACGCUCGCAAAUGUAACUUAUUUAUCGUAUUUAACGAUUUAGUCCGACGAAUUGAAACGGUAAUGCUGUGAUGGAAAUAAUUCUAAGUUUCUAGGAGGGCAUUCAAGGGACGCAACCACUAAACAGGCACUUUCUACAGUAAUGCACUACAAUGGAGUACAUUCCCUUGUUUUGAAACGUUCUGAGAGCGAGAGCGCACACCAUAGGCACAGCGUGAUUAAAAAGACUAUGCCGGCGGAUAUCCAAAUGUAAUAAAAAGUCUAUGGUGAAAACGAAGUUAACUUAUAGUUUUUUUUUUUAAUCCUCAAAGUACGUUAAUGAUCAACCGUCACGGGAAGUUCAAGCUAGUCGACGAGACACCCUUAUCCCUAAACUGUUUACUUUUUUGACACUAAAAUAUAAUGCAUGAAUUAUUUUUGUUAGUUACAGGUACAUGUGCAUGCGUGUGUGUGUGUGGUGAGGUAAGAGGUGGUGGAGUUAGUGUAGGAUGUACUUACCUGCAGAUAUGGAGGACAUAAUGAGAGGGCAUGCAGUUUGAUUUGAGAGAAGAGAAAGCAAGGUAGAGGGAAACUGCAUGAGGAAAGGUAGAGGAUGGUGUCACUGAUGCUAUAAACAAAGGCAGCUCCCGUACUUCGCUUACGCCAUCAAACCCUUUCCUGGUUGAAUUCAGUUUAAAACACAAUAACAAGAGCAUGGCCUUUAUGCGUCUACAGUCGUGUUGUGUGUGUGCGCGCGCGCUAUGGAAGGAACUGGUUAUUGUAUGGAGUUCAUUUUUAAUUCUCUAAGCUUAGAAGAAAACGUAACUCGUUUUUAUCAGAUUAUGGCAAUACCCAUAGUGUAUUUCAUUGUUCGCUUAUUUCGAUCGCAUUUUGUUCUCUGUACUUGAAGUAAGCAUCAGUAAAUAGUCUACUUACCCUUAUGGCUGUGCGUAGGUACCAUGUAGGUCUUUUACGACUUCGGUCAAAACAUCUUUAAAAAGAAAUGCUCAGGCGACUCGACCAUGAAGAUAAUUGCAGACGCAUCGUCAUGUGCCUUUGGCUCAACCGACAAAUUGUAGUAACAAUAAAGAAAACAAAAAGAAAAUAUGAAAUGAAAGCCCUGUUAAGAUCCACAUAAAGAUACUUGUUAACAAAGUCAAAAUUGAAUAUCUAAGUAGGAAAAAAAAUAUCUGAGGUUCUGGCGAGGUUCGAACUCGCGGCCUUCUGCGUGUAAAGCAGACGUGAUAACCACUACACCACAGAACCACUUGACUAUGCCCGAGUAUAUUUAUAAAUGUAAAUGCUAAGAAAUUAAGUAGUUUGACAGAAAUAUAAUUAUUUCAGCUGACGGCAAAAGGCGGGAACAAAACUUUAUUUAUCAGAUAUCACGAUCUCUGCACACAGUAAACAACACCAUUCUAUCUGCCAUUUUCGGCUGGGACAUUUUUCACAGCAUUUUCAUAAUAAUAAUAACCGAGGGACUUUCAAUCAUUUAUACAAUGAUCGAGAAAUGUACAUAUCUUUUAUUGUUCUGAAAAAUAUUUAUUUAUGUUCUGGCCGAUUAUGGUGAAAUACGCGAGGCUUGCGGUGGAUGGUUAUAAGUGUGUAUUAAGUGCCUUUGCUGUUUGUAGCAGUAUGAUACAGUAUCAAUCUGACAUGAUACACUUGCUUCAUGUUGUUUAUUAUAUGUCCUUCCCAUAUCAACAAUGUUAAUUAUUUUAUUGUCCCCAUAGGGGCGGCGUGUAUGAUGUUACGAAAAUGCCAGGGAAUAAAGCGCUACAAUUUUUAUUCAUUUAUUUUUUAUGCUCUCCAUUGAUUUUCCCAUCUUUCGUUGCUUUCACUCUUGAUUAAUUAAGUGAAUAAAACUGGGAAAUGUUGGUAUGUGGGUGUGAGAGAGAGAGAACGAGAAUUUGUGUUAAACCACUUGGGCUGAGCAUUUAUAAGAAAAUAUCAUGAUACCCCAAGCCAUCAUACAUGUACUAAAAUGCCAAUGAUAUAUAUAUACCUAGGGAACAUCCAGAAUUUAACUAAAAGUGUGUAAGACCUACAUGUAUACCUAGAAAAAAAUGUGUAUUAAUCUAAGGAUCACCUAUGAUUUCACAGAUAUGUAUAAAUUUAUGUGACACAGGGACAUCACAUUCAGAGGUAGGACAGACAUAGCUCCCAGUAAAAGCCAUUUUACCCUUUUGGCCACAUGACAGAAAACCGAGAUGACACCCGUUUUCCUGUGCCGUUAAUAUAUAGAAAUGAACAUGGUUUAUAUACUCAUAUAUGUCUAGUAUAUUAUUACAUAAAUCAUGAUUCGUAAUAGUCAUAUACUAUAGUUCACAGUUAAAGCCACAGUCAGUAUAGUCAAUAGAAGCCACACACACUCAUGUGGUGCUAUCAUUUAUGUCACAAAAUAAACAGUAUAUCCUGGCUGGUAUAUAUACGUUAUAAAAUAAAAUAAACAGUAAACCUAGAA